AACAUGAUUGUCUAAAACCUCAAGGUAACAGCAGCAAUAGCAAUAUCCAUCACAUAUAAAUAGGGUUCUUUUUUCUAUGUCCCUCUUAUUUAUUUUUGUAGAAACAUUCAACUUUUUCUAAUUCAAGAUGCGUGCCGUUCUUUUCGCUCUAGUUGCUAUUCUUGCGGCUUGUGCUGUCGUAUCUGCUGCUCCUGCUGCUCCUGCCGUUGAGACCACUGAUUUGUGGAAGAGAAGAAAUGACCACCAACCUCCCAAUAAGCGUCCUCCACCCAAGCAACCCCCUCACAAGCAACCUCCAUCUCAUAAGGAGCCUCCUCACAAGCAGCCCCCUCAUAAGAAGUCUCCUCACCAUUAAGUGUUGAGCUAGCUUAGCAUGCCUGUUCGGAUUCGUACAUCAAUAUAUAUUCGCUUCAUUAUCAUAAAGUUUGAAAGCGUUUUUCUAAAAUUUACUUGUUUAACUUUAUAUUUAUCAUUGUCAUAGUUGGUGAUCGCAUUUCCAACUAUCCCAUAAAAUGUAUUCGAGUUAAAUAAAACCUGCGUAAAUUUUUUCUCUUAUUUUAUGGCAUUAUCGAACAAUGUGGCUCUAUCUAACUUUAAUAAGUACAGCCUACAUGUCGUAAAUAGUAACAGUAG